GUGAGAUGGAGCUUCAAGGACGCAGUCAGUCUCCAGCUCCUGCAGGUGAGGCAGUGGCUGGUGCCAGCCGUCAGAACGCGGAGCUGCAGGGGCGAGUGCAAGAACUCCUUCGUGAAAAUCUGGAGCUCCAGGGACGCUCGUCGGACAUUGCCAGUGCUGCAGGGGCUGCAGUGAGACGACAGAACGAGGAGUUGCAGGUGCGUGUGCAAGAACUUCUUCGUGAGAACCUUGAGCUGCAGCGGUACCCGCCGCCACCUCCAGGCGCUGCUGAGACGGCCGGUGCUCUGGCCGCGGCCAAAGAAGAGAACGAGCAGCUCCAGGGCCGCGUGCAAGAACUCCAACGUGAAAACAACGAGCUUCGGAGGCAGAUCCAAGCCACACCAUCCGUUCCAGAUGACUUCGGUGCACUGGACCGUGCGCUGGGUGCGGCCAAACGCCAGAACGAAGAGCUGGAGGCGAGGGUCCAGGAGCUUCUUC